GAUUCAACCUUGACAGUUGGCGUUUGCUAGGAUCUCGACAGCUGUUUCGUUGAUGGAGCAGCAAUAGCAGGCAAAAUUGUGAGACAGAACUGAGCCAUCAGGUUGGAGGAAAAAGAGGAGGAGGCUCCAGCUGACCGUGAGUCUUGUUUAAACAUGGCAGUAUGAAACCCCACCCUUGGCCAUUCAAGUUCAGCUGAAACCACCUAUAGAACAGCAGUCGUGGUUGGUUGGUUGGUCGCUCGGUUGUUUUGAGACAGAGAGAGAGAGAGCACAAACGGCAACAAAGACAGAGUCAGUGGCUGCUGGGAACCACGAAGAGAAGUUCAGGGAAAGCAACAGAGGGUGCACUCGACUGUUAAACUGCCUUACAGAGCACGUGAAGCAUGGAGAAACCAAGACAGAGUCGGCUGUAAAAUGGUUACAGAAGUUGGACCUUUGGUACAUUAAACAUGGAUGGGACUGUGAGUGGAACAACAGAUCCUCAGGAGAACCGGAGUGUAAAAGACGAGGACAGGAUUUCGGUUAAGGAUGGACCUGUGUCUGCGACUCCGGUUGAAGGGGAUGUGGAUGCAGACGCCGGGGCGCAGAACUCCCGGGACAGCCGUAAACUGGACUGCAUCGUCUGCUACAGUGCAUAUAAUCUGGGAGAACGACUACCACGGAAGCUCUACUGCGGACACACGUUCUGCCAGGCCUGUCUGAAGCGCCUUGACACACUCAUCAAUGAGCAGAUGUGGAUCCCGUGUCCGCAGUGCAGACAGAACACUCCUGUGCCUCGUGGAGGAGCCACCGCACUAGAUCUAGACCUGGCUGCGUUUCUGGGUGUCAAAGCUGAAGUAGAAAACCAGCGAGCCUACAGCCAGAAAACACAGCUGGAGACCAAGAGCUCCUUCAAAAAGCAGCCAAUCACAGAUCAGCCUCCUUCAGCCUGGGCCAAUGUGGCUCUGACGGAGCGUCGCUUCCCCAGGAGCCCCUGCUGCAAACACUGCCUGCUCUGCUGCUGGUGGUGCUGAAAGCAUAGAUACCAUUGCAGAGUUACCGGAGAUAAGAUAAUCAGUUUGAUCUGGGAACUCGGAUGGAUCAGUAACCGGACAAAUUCUGCAAGAGCCAGUGUUCAAAUUGGAAGUAUGAUGGAUAACCGGACUGACUGGAUUUUAGAUCUAAUAAACCAUUUGAUGGAAAAACACUCUUGUUAGAACACAAACCCAAACUUUAGGAAACGUUUCACUGAUUGAACUUGUGCUUUAAUUAAUUCAAUCAUCUUUCGGUUCAAAGGUUGAACUUAAAAACUGAAGUGGAAAAAAAUAAAACCGCAUUACAAAAAUGA